AUGGAUGAAGUGGAUGUGGAAGGAGAUAUUAACACAAUUGAGCAGGAAAGAAUACUCAUAUUUAAUCCAUCAGUGGAUAUGGCUAACCCAAGGUUUAGGCUGCAAAUGGAGUUUUCUAGUAAGAAAGUAAAGGUGACUACUUCUGGUGUGCAGUAUGUUAUUGAUCUCAAUGCCAAAACUUGUGCUUUUCAAAGGUCGAAAUUGAAUGGGAUUCCAUGCACACAUGCAUUGGCAUGUAUCCGAAAGAACAAUUGGAACCUAGAAGACUUUGUUGAUGAUUUUUACUCUAAGGAAGCUUAUCAAAGGACAUACACUCCAAUUAUAAAAGGAACAAAUGGACCAGAGUCAUGGCCAAAUCCUAGAUCACAUCCACUUGAGCCACUUAUUAUUAAGAAAAGGUCAGGGAGACCUAAGAAGAAGAGGAGGCGAGAAGCUGGUGAGCCACCUGCUGCAACUAAAGUGAGAAAAUAUGGGUUAAUCAUGCACUGCAAGAAAUGUGGCAAGGCAUGCCAUAAUAGCAAAACAUGUGGGAAAACUAAAGGAAAAAAGAACAAUAGUUAUAAAAGCAAAGCUACCAACAAAGCAGAAGGAAAGUCUAGUAACUUGAACAAGAAGAACAAAACAACUUAG